ACAGAGAGCCUCCAGACAAUCCAGACAUGCGUCUAGAUCCAUUUCUACCGGUACUGUAUCCAGUUCAUCCAGAUCUCAUCGUAGUGCACGACGCAGAUCUCCAAGACAUGGACUCUCAAAUCUUCAUGCUGCUAUGUUGGAAGCAAGACUAAAGUCUUUGGACUUGGAAGAACUUCAACGCCAGAUUGAAGAGGACGCCAUAGUAGAUAAAGAGUGUGAGAGACUUGAUGCUCAGGCUAGAGAUGCACAGUUAAAACAGGAACAAGCCAAUAAAGCUAGAGAGUUGUUGGCUAAGCAAGUAGAGACCAGACGGCGUCUGAAAAAGGUACAAAAUGAGCUUGAGGCUGCUAAAUAUGUUUGUGUACUUCUUAAACAGGAACCUCAAGAUGUUGAUGUUACUAAUGUACAGUCCAGUCUAACCACUGAUCCCCUGUCAGAGGUAAGCACUCAACAGAAUAGAGUUGCUGUUAAUGAUGACUACAUGACAUCUACUCAUGUAAUGCCUAGCCAUACCUCUCGUCAUGUUAACUUUGCUCCUGUGUCAUCAGUAAUUGCUCCCUCUGUAUUAUCUGCUGUACACAGUACUGAUCCAGUAUCUGAAUUAUCAUUCAGUUCUGUCACCUCAGUUGCCGAGGUAACCCACUGCAACACCGUUACAUGGUCAUCGACUCCGCUAACUAGGACACAGUCUUAUGUAAUGCCUAAGUCAGAGUAUGGUGUUCCUUUACCCUCUAACCCUACAGUGGCCAGGCCACAUCAUUAUUCAGACACCUCUGUCACCUAUAGUCAGACACAGGCUAUAGCUCCACUUACCAGUCCUGUAGCUUCAGGGGUUGCCUUUCAUACUCCAUCCUAUACAGACAUGAAUGGUAUCCCUCAGUUAACACCAGGAACAUUGUAUAAUACACCUCGAGGUCAAGCUGUAUUGUUCCCUACGCCUGUCCAGUCACCUGGUAUGGAAAUGUUAGCUGCCUCAGCUUAUGGUAUCCCAAAGCCUGCUAUUCCAUACUUCGAUACAGGUCGGGAAAGUGACUUCGCACUACUGAAAAUGGCCUUAGACAAUGUAAUGAAUAACCAACUGCAUCUGAGUGAACAUUACAAAUAUCAGGUCCUCUUAAGUCACCUAAAACUGCCUAGUGCUCUUCAAUUGGCCAAAGCAUACAUGCACGAUCCCAGGCCAUACACCACUGCUUUACAGGCGUUGCAGGAUAAAUAUGGACAACCCCGCCAACUGGUUCAGUCUGAGUUAGGUAUCAUAUUGAAUACAUCAGCUGUAAAGUUUGGUGAUGCAGAAGCCUUUGAUGCAUUCUCCCUAUCCAUCCAAUCGUUAGUUGGGAUGCUCAGAACAUUAGAGGGCCCAAACGGGUAUGAGUUGCGCUGUGGCUCUCAUGUUGAUCGGUUACUAAGCAAGAUGCCACCGUCAUAUCGCGAUGGAUUCGUAGAGUUCUGCUUCAGUCGAGGUAUCUUGCAAACUGGUACAGACCGCACGUAUACAUUACCUGAUCUAUCUGAAUGGCUGCAAAUGAAGUCACAGGCCAAGCGCAUCUCCAAUAAAGCAGCUACACUGUAUCAAACUGACACAGCCAGACCAGUUAAGAAAGAUCAGCAAAGAGCAAUGCCAUCUCGCCCAAAAGAGAGAUCCACCUCUAUCUUGUAUUCAGCUAAUGGCAGUUCAAGUGCACAGGGACAACAGAAAUCUUACACUCCCUCUAAGAUUCAGCCUUACUGCCCGUACUGUAACAACAAGGAACAUUUCCUGAAUGCGUGUCCCACAUUCAAGACAAUGAACACAGAGCAAAUAACACAGUGGAUAUCCAAAGAAAAUCGCUGCUGGAAAUGUGGUCGUAAGCACACUUCAGAUAGCUGUACUCUGAAACGAACAUGUUCAACCUGCAAAGAGUUACAUCUGACCAUCUUGCAUGAUGCAGCAUUACAGAUCCAACAGAGCGUGCUGUUAGUUAACGUUCCAUCCCCCCAGGUCUAUUUAGAUCGGCCCAACCGCUCUCAAAAGGUAAUGCUAAAGAUAGUCAAGGUCUUACUGCACAAUCAAGAGAAAGUCAUGGAAACAUACGCUGUAUUGGAUGACGGUUCAGAGCGUAGCAUUGUACUUUCACAAGCCGUGAAACAAUUGAACCUUACCACUGAGCCUGAAAAACUCACUCUACGCACGGUUCAUCAGGAUGUUGUUAACCUGCACGGAGCUACUGUUUCCCUACAUGUGUCACCCUUAAAUAAACCAGGCACGAAAUAUCUGAUUGCCCAUGCUUUCACUGCAGAUAACCUGAGACUUUCCGAGCAUACUUACCCAGUGGUUUCUCUUCAACGCAAGUAUGAGCAUAUUAGGUCUUUGCCAUUACCCUUGAUUGACCGAGCACAACCUCUGUUGCUCAUCGGGUCUGACAUGCCUCAUCUACUCAAUCCAGUUCAGCCAGUGCGCAUGGGACCUACAAGUGCACCGAUUGCUAUUUGUACCAAACUUGGUUGGACGCUCCAAGGCCCAGUGGGCUUUAAUCAAACCACUCUUACCACCCAACAAUGUUUCCACAUAUCCACAACCACAUCGAAUACGGAGUUAUUCAAGAAUGUGGAACGCCUCUGGCAAAUCGAUACACUGCCUUACAUAAAUGAGAAAACAGCCACUCGGUCCAAACAAGACCAAUAUGCUAUCACUCUGCUCCAGACACAUACCACAAGAGUAAACGUUGAUGGAGUAAUGCGAUACGCCACACCUUUGCUCAGAAGAUCUAACGCUAAGGUUCUAAAGGCCCCUAAAGAAGCAGUGAUGGCAAACCUCAGAAGCACUGAGCGUAAACUUUCCAAAGAUCCUAGACGAGCGGAGUCUUACUGUUCAGAAAUGAUAAAACUGCAGCAAUCUGGUUAUGUGGCAGAGAUAUCAACACAAGAAGCUGAACAAUCCAUGGAGUCAUGGUACAUUCCUCACCACAUGGUGACGCAUAACAACAAGGACAGAAUUGUUUUUAACUGUUCUUAUUCAUACCAAGGCCAAGCUCUAAAUGACAUCCUUCUGCCAGGGCCUGUUCUCGGUCCAUCUUUACUGGGUGUUAUGCUGAGGUUCCGUGAAUAUCCUGUGGCCAUCAGUGGGGACGUGAAGGGCAUGUUCCAUCAGGUUCGCCUUUUACCCAGUGAUAAACCUAUAACGCGCUUCCUGUGGAGAGACAUGCAGAGGACAGAACAACCCAAGAUCUACGAAUGGCAAGUCUUACCAUUCGGCACAACUUGCAGCCCAUGCUGCGCCAUAUAUGCACUCCAGGAAACUGCAAAUAACCAUCCUGAUGUUGAACCAGUUCUGGCGAGAAUAGUCAAAGAUUCCUUUUAUGUAGACAACUGUCUUCAUAGCCUUCCAACUGUUGCUGAAGCUAGAGCACUGGUAGACGAUCUACGACAACUUCUACUCACCUGUGGGUUCGAACUGCGUCAAUGGGCCAGUAACAGACCAGAAGUUAUCCAGCAUCUUCCCUCUGAUGCAAGGUCACCAAAUAGUGAACUCUGGUUAUCACAGAAGAGUACUGACCUUUUAGAAGGUACACUUGGACUACUUUGGAACUGCCUCAGCGACUCAUUCAGUUACAAACCCAGCCAAUUUAGUUGCCUUGAACCAACUUUGAGAAACAUCUACAAAGUUUUGGCAUCUCAGUAUGACCCCCUGGGUUACUUAAUCCCAUUCACUACCCGAGCUAAAGUGCUGAUUCAGGAUCUGUGGAAGGACAAUGUCGGGUGGGAUGAUCUAAUCAAAUCCGAUCACUUAUUCACCAGAUGGCAGGACUGGCAACAUGAGCUCCAAAGUUUAAAUCAGAUUGCAAUCCCACGAUGCUACACAUCAUUUGAGGAUCCUGGAGAUAUUCUCAGUCGAGAUCUACACAUAUUUUGUGACGCAUCUGAAAGGGCUUAUGGCUCAGUAGCCUACAUGCGAACAGAGAACAACGAUGGACAUGUACAUGUCUCAUUUGUGUUGGCCCGUUCACGAGUUGCCCCUCGGAAGCAAAUGACGAUUCCGCGACUGGAAUUGAGUGCAGCACUUAUAGGAGCACAGGUUGCCAAACUUCUACAAACUGAACUAACUCUCAACAUUGAUCAUGUUACCCUCUGGUCAGACUCAUCUACCGUUCUACAGUGGCUGAAAUCGGAUUCAUGCAGAUACAAAGUCUUUGUCGGAACCCGGGUUGCAGAAAUACAGUCACUCACUGAUAUUGAUAUCUGGAGGUAUGUUAAUUCAGGGAACAACCCAGCUGAUGUCAUAACACGUGGCCAAUCACUUAAGGAUUUAAUCCUUCCUUGUCGCUGGAGUAAUGGACCAGAUUUCUUACACCAGCCAGAGUCAUGCUGGCCCUCUUUACCGGCAGUUGAAACUGAACCAGAAUCAGAGUUGAAGAAGUCUGCAAUUUGCCUUAAUGUAUGCACCAGUUCAGACAUUGCCCUACCUGAUAUCAGUCAGUAUACUACCUGGACUGAAUUAUUAAAGGCAACAGCGACCUCCCUUCAUGGGGCGGCUACCUCUUCCACACAACCAACAGAUGAUUCGUUAAACUUCAUCUCAGCAGAGAGGCUCCUCUUACAACAGGCUCAGAAAGAUUCCUUCCCAGAGGAAUUUAAGGCUCUUGCUUCAGACCGACCAUUACCAUCCAACAGUAGAUUGGCAUCACUAUCACCCGAGUUUGAUAAGAUCAGUGGACUCAUCAGGGUUGGCGGGAGACUACGACAUGCCAAAGAUAUGGAAUUGGACGCCAUACACCCCAUCGUGCUUGAUCCACAGCACAGCCUAACCAAGCUUCUAAUUAAGGAUUAUGAUGCCUCCCUUUUACAUCCUGGGCCAGCAAGAGUCUUUGCUGAACUAAGAAGACGUUAUUGGAUUCUACGGGGAAGGGAGUCUAUUAAGAAACAUCAAUACACAUGCAUUGACUGUCAAAAAUGGCGUGCCAAGCCUAACAUUCCCAAAAUGGCCGACCUUCCACCAGCACGCUUACGUCUGUACAAGCCCCCCUUCUAUUCCACUGGAAUGGAUUGCUUUGGUCCAUUCACGGUGAAGAUUGGCCGAAGAAAUGAGAAAAGAUGGGGAAUAGUGUUUAAAUGUCUGACAACCCGUUGUCUACAUCUUGAUCUGUUAGAAAGCAUUGACACAGAUGCAUUCCUAAUGUCUCUUAGAAGAUUCAUAGCUCGAAGAGGGAAACCAUUCGAGCUUCUCUCUGAUAAUGGUACCAAUUUUGUUGGAGGAGACACUGAGAUGAGAACAGCCUAUGAAGCCAUGACGCCUGAUCUGAAGCAACAACUUGCUGAACAACAGAUUUCAUUCAGAUUCAAUCCACCUAGUGCCCCUCAUUUUGGGGGAGCAUGGGAACGGGAAGUGAAGUCAGUAAAGCAGGCCCUAAAAGUAGUACUGAAGGACCAAACAGUGUCUGAGACUGUACUCCGUACCAUUCUCACUGAGGCAGAGGGCAUCUUAAAUGCUAAACCAUUGGGAUACACAUCCUCAGAUGUGGCAGAUCCUGACCCUAUUACACCUAACAUCCUGCUAAUGGGUCGUCAUGAUUCGUCACUUCCACAAGUACUCUAUGAUUCAAGUAAUCUUUUGGGAACUAGAAGAUGGAAACAUAGUCAAGUACUUGUUGACCAUUUCUGGGCUAGGUUUAUCCGUUAUUACCUCCCGAAUCUGCAAGAAAGACAAAAGUGGCGUAAAGAGGGAGGAGAAAUUAGUCUGGACCAAGUGGUACUGAUAGUGGAUCCACAACUGCCACGAGCAUGUUGGCCAGUAGGAAGAGUGACCAAAACUUUCCCUGGACUUGAUGGACGUAUCAGAACAGUUGAAGUUCAGGUACACAAUCGCACUUAUGUAAGACCUGUAUCCCGUAUAGUAUCACUCCCUAAACUCAAUGAAGAUGACACUAUUGCCCCUACCAGUUAGUUAGGAUUUCUCACUAAUUCAAAUGUUCUUAUACACAUUUGGGGGCGGCUGUGUGAGAAAGCCCUAACCACGCCCCCUUGCGUAGUACGUCAUGCACGCAUUGGAGACAUGUUCAGACAUGCAGACUCGGCAACUGAGAGUGAAAGGAGGCUAACGGGAUGGUUUAUGCAUAUUUGUAUAUGUUUUUCCCGUGUGUAUUUGAUUACGGACCAUGUGUGAAUAAACAUAUACAGAUCUUCAUUUGAUUCAAAAGCUGAACUAUGCCUCAUUAUUCCGUUUCUCUAACCGGAAACAUCCACAUCCAUCUUGAGUGCAUUUUCACAUGAACCCACUGAGCGUCCUAAAGCUCGUAUAAUUAGCAUCGCGGUCAAAAAUAACCAAAGAGUUUCAAUAUUUUUCCUAUUUAAAACUUGACUCUUCUGUAGUUACAUUGUGUACUAAGACCAACAGAAAAUGUUCUAUGCAGAUAUGGCUAGGAACUAUACCAGGGUUUCACGCAGCACUUUUCAGUUCGUGCAGCCCGCCUAAGCUGGGAAACCCUACCGUCUUAACUAGGUCAUUCAAAAAAAUAAUAAGAAAUAUCGCUGCAAAAAAGGCCGU